AUGGACUCGACGCAAGGAUGCGCUCAACAUCUGUACAAGCCAUCGCGAGAGCACGCCGCUUCGGUGGACCAGCUCAUUCGUCGUUUCGGAGCCGUCCCGUUUGUGCACACCAAUGUCCCGCAGGCGCUAUUGAGCUUCGGAUGCUCUAAUCCGAUCUACGGUAAAUUUUUUGUCACAGCAUUAUCAUUCGAAUUGGGUCUCGUCUGGAAGAUUUUUGUAGAGCAAAUUUUAAGUGUCAAAUCGAAUGUGUCGAUCGAAUUCGAGGGCGACCCUUUGGGCCAGCAGCUCCUCUUCUGCGAAGAUGCCUACAAGAACUUGCGAGACGACACCGAAUCGGAUAAGAUGUUGAAUGAGACGCAAGUCGCCGAAUUGCACAACUACUGUGACUCUUUUCUUCCGAAGUUCAAGCAUUGUUUCGAGCGCGACGUCUACGAGCACAUCAGAGACACGUGCCAAGUAAAAAAUCGUAUCGAGAUACCGCUGGAGUUCUGCGUCGACAUCAUUCGACAAUUCCCGAUGGACAUUGCGCUCUGCGGCGGGGUCCAUCGAAUGGAUUUGCGAGAAGUGUCGGAACAAAAGAAAUGCGAGCUCGUCGAGAGCCGCUAUGAAUGCGUCGUCGAAUAUUUUAAAGGACGAUGCGGCGAUCAGCGAGUUGAAGCCGAUCUGAAGAAGGGCGCUGACGGAUACAUCGGUCAGCAUUUCAAGUGCAAUCAGCCGACGACGAGUUAA